AUGUAAUUAUAUUGGAACAUAUUUUUUAUUUAAGGAGAUUAAUUUAAAUUUCAAAAAGAAAUUCCUUUUGUCCUCAAAUCAAUCCUUAUGGGUCUGAAUAUCAUAGUUUAAUUAAAUGGUCAAAAUUACUAUGCAGGAGUAUUAUAAGAGUUCAGUUCCUCAUAGACUUUUUUGAAUAGAUAUUAAGUAUUGAUGUAGUCAUUUUUUUAGUUUCCAAAAGUAGUCUAUUAGGAAUGA